AUGUCUGUACGUUCCGGUCUCAAGAAAGUUCUGCAAAAGUCUCCAAACGAUAUUGUUAUCCUCACGGCUCUUAGAACACCAAUCGGUCGGGCUUACAAAGGUGCUUUGAAAGAUACAUAUCCAGAGGAAUUAUUAGCGCAUGUAUUAUCAGCUACUAAAUCUCGACUUGAGAACGAAUUCAAAUUGGAUUUCAAAACUGACUUAGAAUCCAAUCAAAAACCUCUUAUCGAAGAUAUUGCGGUGGGUACGGUCUUGAUGGAACUUGGUGGAGCUAAAAGUGGUCGAUUGGCGGCUUUACAUGCUGGAUUUCCUUAUCAGACCACCUUCAAAACCGUCAAUCGCCAGUGUUCUUCAUCCUUACAGGCCAUCACUGAUAUUGCUGGAUCCAUCGCAACGGGCGCCAUCAGCUGUGGAAUUGCAGCUGGUACAGAAUCAAUGACUAAAAACUAUGGAACUCGAGCUAUUCCUGCAGACUUAUCACCACGUCUACGUGAAUCACCUAUCAAAGAAGCAAGAGACUGUAUCAUGCCCAUGGGUCUUACUAGUGAAGCUGUGGCAUCUACUUAUAAUAUUACAAGAGACAGACAAGAUGCAUUUGCUCUAGCUAGUCAUUCUAAAGCUCAAAAAGCACUCGAAGAAGGUCGAUUCAAAGACGAAAUCGUACCAAUCGAAGUCGAUUUUUAUCCCCUCGAUAAAGAAUCGGCUCAACCAUCCAAAGAAUCUAUCAAAAAGUUUAUCAAAGAUGAUGAAGGGAUCCGAUCAACUCUUACACUUGACAAACUUACAAGUCUUAAACCUGCUUUUAAAUCAGAUGGCACCAGUACAGCUGGAAACUCUUCACAGAUUAGUGAUGGUGCUUCUGCAAUCACUUUAAUGCGACGAGAACAAGCUGAAGGACUUGGACUAAAGCCUUUAGGCAGAUUCGUCGGUAGUUCUGUCGUUGGCGUACCUCCUAAUAUCAUGGGUGUUGGACCAGCUUUUUCAACUCCAGUGUUGUUGAAUCGAUUUGGAUUGAGUGUGAAGGAUAUCGAUAUUUUUGAAUUAAAUGAGGCUUUUGCUUCUCAGGCUUUAAUGACAAUCGAUCAUCUUCAACUAGAUGAGAAAAAGGUGAACCCAAAAGGAGGUGCAAUUGCCAUUGGACAUCCAUUGGGUGCCACUGGUGGUAGGUUGGUAGCCUCAUUGAUUCAUGAACUUCGAAGAACAAACAAAGAGAUUGGAGUGGUCACACUUUGUUGUGGAACUGGAUUUGGAAAAUCUUCAUUAUUUGUGGCUGAAUGA